CCCUUUAGCUACGACAUCCCGUUUGCGGGCGGGCCGAGCGGAUCUCCGGCCCGGGCAAGGCUCCGGGCUCCCUGCUGGGUGGAGGCGCAGCGCCUUGGAGAGGGGCGCGGGGCCCCGGGAGCGCAGCGCCUUGGAGAGGGGCGCACGGCCGCGUCUCCACUCCCAGCGCCGGCUCUCAGCCCCCCAUGGCCGGGAUCGUCCCACGGGCACAUUCCCCUGGCACUGAUGUCUUCGCCACCCCUCACGGCUUCUUCGUCGUCCGCUCCGACGUGGGCUGCUUCCUCCAGGCACCCGAAUGCCACUCCCCUGAGGCCGUGGAGAUCCGGGGCCUGCACCCUGCCUGCCGGGGCGGGGAACACUAUGUGGGCGACGCUGCCGGGUCCUCCGUCUGCAUUCUCCAGGGGAACGCGUUCCACCGAACUAUGGACCUGAGCACCGCCCCCAGCCCCGGUGCCCUCCCCCUGCACCCCACGUGCCGUGGCGGAGACCACUAUGCCUCGUGGGGCGGCCGCUUCUCCGUCAUCUUCCUGGCCCGCAGCGUGGUUCUGUCUGUGGCUGACCUGACCACGGGGGUCGAAGCAGAGGAGAUGCCCCUGGAGCCUGCGUCCUGCCAUGGACUCUACUACUACGCAUGUGAUGCUACCCACCUGGCUUUCCUGGGUGUGGAUGAGCAGCGGGGGCUAUACAGCCAGGUCUUCUCUAGCUCGGGCCACCAGGACGUCCUCCCCAUCCACGCAGACGUGGCCAGCUUCCUCCCCGGCGGCCUGUCCCUGGUCCACAGGGGCACCUUCGGGGCAUGGGAAUGCAUCAAGCUGAUCCAGAAUGAGACGGACGGGCCACUCCCCGGCAGCCACGAGAUAACCCGGAAGGUGGGACACGUGGAAGAGAAAUUGGCAAACUGGACCUUCUCCACGGCCGGUUCCCCGGAACCUGCAGACCUUUCAGUGGCCUUGCUCCAGGCCCAGUUCUCCCUGCCCCCCGCCUAUGGCGGGCUGGGGCUCAGGACGGAGCAGGAGGAGUGGGAGGCCGUGGCUGAAGAGGGAGAGGAGCUGCGGAUCAUUCUUCAGCCCCGGCAGAAGCUCUACUGGUGGCAGUAUCACCUGGGCUUGGGAAACCGGCCUAUACUCUUCUGCCGCUGCCUCAAGGUGACUCGUAGCCCCGCGUCACCUGACCACCUCCCGUUGCCCUGGUCGGACUCAGGGGACGCUGGCGUCUGACUGGGGAAGGGAGGCUGGCAGUAGGGGAAAGGUUAAUAUUGUUGCUGAAUAAAUGAUGUUCUGUUAUA